AUGUGUGUUUUGGCACAUCUGAAGCGUCGCAGGAAAGACGGCUACAAGCUGAUGCAAAAAUACAAAGAUGAGACGCCCCCAGCACGGCAGCUUCGGACACUGCCGAGGACAAUGACAAUGGCAAUACCCGUCGCUCGCUCUUACAUAACCAUGCACACCAACGCCAUCCCGACAGACAACUCGUUUGGCAACUCCGCGGUCGGAGCGGGUGCUGGUUGA